AUGUACCAGGGAAGACGCCGCAAUGAAAUGCCACCACAUCUUUUUGCUGUCUUAGACGAGACCUAUAGGAAUAUGCAGAAUGAUCACGAGAAUCAGUCGAUGUUGAUCACUGGAGAAUUGGGUGCAGGAAAGACAGAGAACACGAAAAAAGUCAUUGCGUAUUUAGCGCUUGUUGGAGCGUCGCAAACCAACAAGAAGGACGCAAAGGACAAGAAGAAUGUUUCUCUGGAGGAUCAGAUUGUGCAAACAAAUCCAGUGCUUGAAGCCUUUGGUAAUGCAAAAACUGUGCGUAAUAACAAUUCAUCUCGUUUUGGAAAAUUCAUUCGAGUACAUUUCAAUAGAGCUGGAAAGCUGGCCGGAGGAGAUAUCGAGCACUAUCUAUUGGAAAAGUCCAGAGUGAUCAAGCAGGCUCCAGGAGAACGAUGUUACCACAUAUUUUACCAGUUGUAUUCGGGAGCUAUCGAAGGGCUGAAAGAAAAAUUCAUGCUCACCCGUCCCAUCAAAGAUUAUCAUUUUGUGGCUCAAGCUGAAGUCACAAUUGAUGGUGUAAAUGACAAGGAAGAGAUGCUGCUCACAGAUGAAGCUUUCGACAUCAUGAAGUUCGAACAAAAAGAAAAAGAUCAGCUCUUCGCUAUCACCGCUGGUGAGUUUUUUUUUUGA